GGGACCGGCGCGUGCGGGGGGCGCCAUGAGGGGGGCCCGCGUCGCCCCGUUCUGGCCGCGGCCGCUGCCCAGGCUGCGGCUGCUGCUGCUGUCGCCUCUGUUGUUCGCGCUGUUCCCCCCGACGCGUCCCCAGGGCAGCCCCGCGCCACUGCAAUGCUACGGAGUUGGACCCUUGGGCAACUUGAACUGCUCGUGGGAGCCUCUUGGGGACCUAGGAGCCCCGUCUACGCUGCACCUCCAGAGCCAGAAGUACCAUUCCAACAAAACUCAGACUGUGGCAGUGCCUGCCGGGCAGAGCUGGGUGGCUAUUCCUCGGGAACGGCUCACCGUGUUUGACAAACUCCUUGUCUGGGGGACCAAGGCAGGCCAGCCUCUUUGGCCUCCCGUCUUCGUGAACUUGGAAACCCGAAUGAAGCCAAACACCCCCCAGCUGGGCCCUGACGUGGACUUUUCAGAGGAUGACCCCCUGGAGGCCACUAUCCACUGGGCCCCACCCACAUGGCCGUCUCAUAAAGUCAUGAUCUGCGAAUUCUACUACAGAAGAUGCCAGGAGGUGACCUGGACCCCGCUGGAAUCGGAAGUGAAGACCAUGCCCCUGGCCCCCGUUGAGGUGCAGGAUUUGGAGCUAGCCACUGCCUACGAGGCGCGCGGCCGCUGUCGAAUGGAGAACGAAGAGGAUUUGUGGGGCGAGUGGAGCCCCAUUCUGUCCUUCCAGACGCCGCCCUCUGCUCCGAAAGAUGUGUGGGUAUCUGGGAACCUGUGCGGGACACGUGGCGGGCAGGAACCCCUGCUUCUUUGGAAGGCCCCAGGGCCCUGUGUGCAGGUGAGCUACAGAGUGUGGUUUGGGGCUGGAGAGCAGGAGGUGAGUCCAGAAGGUGUCGUCCCCUGCUGCAACCUCUCCAUCCCCACCUGGGCAGAGUGGGCCAGGGUGUCUGCCAUCAACGCUACAAGCUGGGACCCUCUCACCAACCUUUCUUUGGUGUGCUUGGCUCCGGGCUCUGGCCCCCAUGGUGUGGAGGUCAGUGGCAUUGCUGGGGGCACGGAGAUGCUGGUGACCUGGCAACAGGGACCCGGGGAGUCACAGGAGCACGUGGUAGACUGGGCUCGGGACGGGGACCCCCUGGAGGAAUUCAACUGGAUCCGGCUUCCCCCUGGGAACCUCAGUGUUGUGUUACCAGGGAAUUUCGAAGCAGGGGUCCCCUAUCGAAUCACGGUGACCGCAGUUUCUGCGUGGGGCUUGGCCCCUGCGCCCCCAGUCUGGGGGUUCAGAGAGGAACUAGCGCCCCUAGCGGGGCCAGCGCUUUGGCGACUCCAAGAUGUCCCCCCAGGGACCCCCGCCAUAGCGUGGGGAGAGGUCCCAAGGCAUCAACUCCGGGGCCACCUCACCCACUAUACCUUGUGUGCGCAGAGUGGAACCAGGCCCGCCGCCUGCAAGGAUGUGAGUGGCAGCAUCCGGAAUGUCACCCUGCCUGACCUUCACUGGGGUCCCUGUGAGCUGUGGGUGAUGGCAUCCACCAUGGCAGGGCAAGGCCCACCUGGUCCCAGCCUUCGGCUUCACCUGCCAGAUAACACGCUGAGAUGGAAAGUUCUGCCAGGUGUCCUGUUCCUUUGGGGCUUGCUUCUGAUAGGCUGUGGCCUCGGCCUAGCCACCCCUGGAAGGUGCCGCCACCUGUGGCACAAGGUGCUGCCCCUCUGGGUCUGGGAGAAGGUUCCUGAUCCUGCCCGCAGCAAUUCUGGCCAGCCGCACAUGGAGGAGGUGCCCCAAGCCCAACCCAUUGGGGACUUGCCCAUCCUGGAAGUGGAGGAGAUGGAGCCACCGCCAGUUUCAGAGCCCUCCCAGGCCUCCACCCUGCUUGACUCUGGGUAUGAGAAACACUUCCUGCCCACGCCAGAGGAACUGGGCCUUCUGGGGCCCCCCAGGCCCCAAGUUCUAGCCUGAACCUUACCUCAGAGGCUGGGAGCUGCGAACCAGGCAGGAAGGGUGCUCAUGUAGCCUGCACCCCCCAGCCCUCUUGACAGAUGAAGACACUGAGGCUCAGAGAGGCUGAGUCACUUUCCUGAGGACACCCAGCCUAGAAGAUCUGGGAUUGAAGGCUCCCUACAGAGAAGGGCCUGGCCCUAGUAGGGAAGACAUGGAUGGAUUAAAGAACACAAAGAAAUUGAGCAAGAAAUUGAGAGUGGCAGCUGCCUCCCAAAAUCUGUCCUUCUGCUGUAACAGAACUGCAUUUGGAGUCGGCUGCAGUGAAAUGGGCUUAUAGUCCCAGCCACUCGGGAGGCUGAGGCAGGAGGAUCG